AUGGAUGCACGUUCAGAUGGUACACUUGAAGUAAUGGGCAUGUUAUUAGGAAAAAUUAAUAGUAAAAAUAUGAUUGUUAUAGAUUCAUUUGCUUUACCAGUUGAAGGAACAGAAACUCGUGUAAAUGCUCAACAAGAACCAUAUGAAUAUAUGAGUUCAUAUACAUUAUGGGCUAAAGAAGUCAAUCGAUGUAAAGCUGAAACUGACGUUAUUGAAUAUCAACCAGUACCAUUAAAUAAAAUUGAAGAUUUUGGUGUUCAUUGUAAACAAUAUUAUCCACUUGAAUCACAUCAACAUUAUUAA